CAGUGGAGUUGGGAAGGUGGGAUUAUGCUGUGAUCAUGUGUGCCAGGGCAGAUAACAGGCUGCACGUAUGGUACCACUAAACAACUGGGACGUUCAAGAGGACAUUUAGCAUAUAAUGCACUACAGUCCCGAGCAACUCCACAUUUUAGGAUGGAAUCACUCAUAAUUAGUAGCUUCUCGAUACUUCUGUUAUGGUGGUGUGUGAUUGUGAGUGAGGCAGUGAUGUAUGGCCAGGUCCAGUCACCUCAGUACCCAAAGCCUUAUCCAGCUGAUCUCCACCAACAGUGGGACCUAGAUGUUCCACAGGGGUACAAGAUCCAGCUCACCUUCAACUACCUGGACAUAGAGCCCUCGGUCAACUGUUUCUAUGACUACCUCAUGGUUCUCCAUGGUAAGAAAAUUCUGGGGAGGUUCUGUGGCCAGAAUUCCAUAGAUCCAGAUCACCCUGGUAACAAGCCCAUCAUGUCUCCUGACAACCACCUCCAGCUGGUGUUUGUGACUGAUGACUCCAACCCAGGCCCUCAGCAGCCUAUCGGCUUCUCUGCCUUCUACCAGGCUGUGGAUGUAGAUGAGUGUUCCCUUCCUGUAUUGGAGGACUCAGAUCCCCCCUGCUCUCAGAUAUGCCUCAACACUCUGGGCUCCUACCUGUGUGCCUGUCACCAUGGCUACCACCUACGGGCCGACCAGCACACCUGUGUGUUGGACUGUGGAGGAGGUGCUUUUACUGAGUCCCAGGGCACCUUGUCAAGCCCUGGAUACCCGAGCAACUCGCCCCUUGCUGUGGACUGCAUGUACAACAUCUCUGUGGAGCCCGGUUUCCAAAUCAUACUCAACUUCAGCAGCACCUUCCACAUUGAGGAGAUUUACAACCAGGGACCCACCUGCCUCUACCACUGGUUGCUGGUUUCCAUCCCAGGAGAAAAGCCCAGGAAGCUUUGUGGUGAUAAGAGCCCUGGUGUCCUGCACACUGGCUCCCCCUCUGUUCAACUGGAGUAUCACACAGACAACGCAGGGCACAGCCGUGGAUGGAGUCUUCACUACACCACCCAGAGGGUGGAGUGUGAAAUUAGAAGGAGUAUCAUCAAUGGAAGAGUUACCCCGGACUUCGCGCAGUACUUCUACAGAGACUAUAUCCACGUGCGCUGUGAUCUGGGGUACAAACUCAUGAUGGAUGGGAAGGAGAUUAGGAGUUUUAAGUCCAUGUGCCAGCACAACGGGAGGUGGCAUAUGCCUUUACCAGAGUGCAAAAUCAUUGAUUGUGGAGUUCCCAGACCACUUCUGAAUGGGGGAGUCAUAUUUCUCUCUGGCUCUAACAACGAAUACCGCUCAGUCAUACAGUACCACUGCAUCGAACCUUACUACACUUUCAGAGGCACUAACUAUGUAAACUUCACCUGUGCAUCAGACCGUAAGUGGAGAGCGAGUGACAAUGAUGCCAUAGUCCCUCCAUGCUACCCAGUGUGUGGUCGCCCUUCCGUAGACCUCACUUUGCGUGACAGGGUGUUUGGAGGGAGACCUGCGCCUGAAGGCUCCUUCCCCUGGCAGGUCUUCCUCAUGUCAGGAGGUCGAGGAGGAGCGAUCGUCAUUGCCGACAGGUGGCUCAUGACUGCAGCCCACAAUCUGGAGAAUGCAAAGUAUGAUAAAGAAAACUUAAAGGUAUAUGUUGGAAACAUCAAAAUCAGUGAACUUUUGAAGUUUCCAUCACUUGCUAUUAGCUCAGUUCACGUCCACCCAGGAUAUAAGAACAAUCACAUGAGGACAAAUUUUGAUAAUGACAUCGCCUUGAUCAAGUUGAACUCCUCCAUCACCUUUAACGCCAACGUUAUGCCAGUGUGUAUUCCUCCACAGGAUGCUGAACUCAAUACCUUUGGGUUAGUGUCGGGGUUUGGAAUGACUGAAGACUGGAACACUGCCGACAAUCUCAGAUACAUCAGUCUCCCAGUCGUGGACCAGGACAAAUGCCACAUGUGGAUAGAGCAGGAGAGAGCAACACGCAGGGAUGUAGCACCACUCACAGCAAACAUGUUCUGCGCUGGCCUCCCUGAAGGUAAGAAGGACACAUGCUCAGGGGACAGCGGCUCUGCUUUCGUCAUGAAGGAUGGUGACAUGUACUGGGUGGCUGGCAUCGUCAGCUGGGGCGUGGACUGUGGCCAGCCUGGGAAGUAUGGCAUUUACACCCGGGUUACGCAGUAUGCAAACUGGAUACAGAAGACAAUGGAGGAACAUUAAGAGGACGAAGAAGACUGACUGGCAGGAUGAACACAUGCACACACACACAUCCAAAAGUGAUAUUAAUGGGACAUUUAUUGCUGUGGGUUUAUUGCAAAUUAUAUUUGGCCAAUAAAUAUCAAAGUAUAGACCUUUUGAUUCCUUUCUGCCUAUGAAAAACAGAAGCGCUAAUAUCAAUAUAGAUCAGGACAUCAGAAGAGCCAACUGCUGCCAUCAUAAGUACCAAUGCAAGUUAUGGCAAAUUUAUCUCUGUCAAAUCAUUCUGGGAAUAUGAAAAAGAUAAAUAAAGAAAAAACCUUCUCCA